AUGGAACCUGUUCUGGAUCGUUUUUUGCCUCCACGGGGGUACUAUUUGGCACUUGGCCUUGAAGGUUCAGCUAACAAACUUGGCGUGGGAAUUGUCAAGCACUAUAAGGGCCAGCUUUCCGCAGACAACCGUGCGGAGGUGCUGGCUAAUGUCCGGGACACUUUUAAUGCACCGCCUGGGGAGGGCUUUCUGCCGCGGGACGUCGCCAAGCACCACCGCAACUGGUUUGUGCGACUGGUAAAAAAGGCUCUGGAGGAGGCAAAUGUCAAGCCAGAGGAUUUGGACUGCAUUUGUUUCACCCAGGGCCCCGGUAUGGGCGCUCCUCUGCAAAGUGUCGUUGUAGGCGCCAGAACGAUAGCCUCGCUCUGGAGCAAACCGCUAGUGGGCGUGAAUCAUUGCGUGGGUCAUAUUGAGAUGGGGCGUGAGAUCACGGGGGCAGAUAACCCGGUCGUGCUGUACGUCAGUGGUGGAAACACCCAGGUAAUUGCCUAUUCUGCCCAGCGGUACCGUAUUUUCGGCGAGACUCUCGACAUUGCCGUCGGAAACUGCCUUGACCGGUUCGCUCGCGUGCUCAAAAUCUCCAACGAGCCAUCCCCGGGCUAUAAUAUCGAGCAGCUUGCGAAACAGGGCAAAAAAUACGUACAGCUGCCCUACACCGUUAAAGGUAUGGAUUUGAGCAUGAGUGGCAUCCUUGCAUUUAUCGAGGAGCAAGCCCAAGACAUUGACCAAAAGGACUUCACCGCUGCCGAUCUAUGCUACUCGUUACAAGAGACCCUGUUUGCAAUGUUGGUAGAAAUUACAGAACGAGCAAUGGCACACGUAAACUCGUCGCAGGUCCUUGUUGUUGGCGGCGUUGGAUGCAAUGAACGGCUCCAAGAGAUGAUGGGUGUCAUGGCUCGGGACCGCGGCGGCUCAGUGUUUGCUACUGACGAACGCUUUUGUAUUGAUAAUGGCAUCAUGAUUGCACACGCCGGUCUGCUUGGUUAUCGAACUGGUGAGCGAACUCCAUAUGAAAAAUCCGUUUGUACGCAGCGGUUCAGAACCGACGAGGUCUGGGUCAAAUGGAGGGCUUAG